AUGGAUAAUCCUGAUUUACAAGCUAUAGUUAAUAAGGUAUGGCCAGCAUUGAUGAAAGAGGUAGAAAAGAGGAGUACUAGUAUGGAACAGGAUCUUAUUAAACGACAUAAUAUUAGGAUGAUGAAUGAGAUGCAAGAGGUUGUUAGACAGAUUAAGAUAGCUAAAGUCCGUAAUGAUGAGGUCCUUAGAGCCUAUCAUGCUAAACAUGGUGAGCUUACACGUGCUGUUACUGAUGUUGUUGAGAAACAGCAGAGUAUGAACAAUGAUAUAGAGGAUGUAAAGAGGAAGAUGGCACAAUUGAAACAAGAGUUGACAUUGAGAUGUGGGCAGAAUACUGAGCAAUUAGCUCAACUUAAACAUACUGUAUUUACAGCUUGGCAAAAGGAGAAAUCUGAUGUCCAACAAAGAGUUACUCAACUAUAUCGUAGUGAUCUAGCUCUUGUUCUACAACAAUGUGAGAUGAAGUUAAAGGAGAAUCACUCCCAGGUUAUUGGUUUGAAGAAGCAACUUCGUAAGUUAACGGCUAAGGUAGAAGGCAACAAUGAUGAUGAUGAUGAAGAGGAGGAAGAUGUGGCAACAGAAGAUGAUGAGAUGAUGGCAUCAUCAUCGUUUGAUCUUACUAAGAUUCUACAUGAUUCUAAAGUAGAUGAUGACCAUACUCAACCUACUGAGAGCAAGCCACAACAACAAGCAUCUACAGUUACUCCAUCAUCUGGCGUUACAACCACAACACCAAACCAACAACAACCUACUACUAAUACUGCCACUACCAGUACUCAGCAGUUAUUACAACAACAGAUCACAGCUGCUCAACAGCAGGCAACAGCGUUCGCUGGCCAGAGUCAGCAACGGCCUGGUACUCAGUCAUCAUCAUCUUCUCCAGCACCAUCAUCAGUUAGUGGUAUGUCUAAUAUAUCCAAGUCUAUUGCUGAGGUCUUAAGUAGUAAUCCAGCUGCUACCCAAUCGGGUAUAGCUCAAUUGAUGGCUAAUCUACCAAGACAACAACAGAUACAAUUACAGUUACUGGUACAACAGCAACAACAGGCUCGUCAACAACAGCAGGCUGCUCAGUUAGCUGCUACUACUAAUACUGCAGCAGCAGCAGCACAUCAACAACAACAGGCAGCAAGAACGGCGGCUCAAGCUUCUGCUUCUGCUGCCGCACAUCAAGAAGGGAAGACCCAACAAGCUACUGGUCAGGAAUGGGGUGGUAUGAUACAAGCUUUGGCAAACAAGUUGGGAACUCAAGUACCUCUCCAACAACAACAACAAGGAUCUACACCGACUCCAACACCAUCUCCCUCGACUACUACUCAAGUAACUAAUGCUCUACCACCAUCAUCAUCAGCUACUACUACUACGCCCUGCCCAUUCUUCACUACCUUUGGUUGGUGUAAGUUUGGGGAUAAGUGCAGAUAUGUACAUACUUCUACUGGAAGGGAACCACUUCGUCAUCUACCUCCAGCUAUGAUAGCACAAUUACAACAACAACUAUCAGCUCAGGUCCAAUCUGGUCAGAUAACAGGUUCUGUUGGUCUUACUCAAGCUAUUGCAGCAUCAGCUAGACAGGGAGCUCAGCAUGCUGCUGCUCAAGCUGCUGCACAACAAGCUGCACAACAACAACAACAACAACGUCACACUCCCACUGCCACUCCCCCACCACCAUCUUCUAUUGAUCAGCAUGGGGCUAGACCUCAGGUAUCUACUACAAGUACUCCAUUGUCAUCAGCAGCCUCAGCAACAAGAAGUGGCGGCCCCACUAAUCAACAGAGUCUGAUGGCUGCUCAGAUAGCUUGUCAACAAGAAGCCAUGGCUAUGGGUCGAGCUAAGGCCAAGACAUUGCCAUGCAAGUUCCAUCAGAUUGGCAGUGGAUUCAGUGGAUUACAUCUUCCUACUGGUACACAAGCUGAUGUUACAGCUCAGGCAGCAGCUAAGGCAUGGGGGACUACAGGUCUAGGAUCUAAUGCAGGAGCGUGGACCACUGGAACUGCUGCUGCUGCUAGUGGUGGUGCUGCUGCUACUGGAGUACCUUCAACAACUACUCUUGUUCCUGACUCUACCUCUUGCUCUGUGGCAUCUGCUGUUGCUGCUGCUCCGAAUACUAGACCCAAACAGUUAGAUCAACAACAACAACAACAUCGAGAAGCAUCGAUGGGUAGCAACAGUAGUAAUGCCCCUCCUCCUCCUCCUCCUGGAAUCGGUAAUAGAACUACUGCUGUUGUUGCUGAUGGAGAUGCGCAUGAUCAUCAUCAUGAUGAUGUUGCUCAUGAGGAAGAUGUGGGUAUCAGGGAUGGUGAAGAUGAUACCGAGUAUGAUCAAUGGAAUGCUAUGACCUUCGACUUGGGGGAUGGUGAUAAUCUUACUACUACUACUCGAAAGAAUCGUCUACCACAAUCAUCACCUUCUUCGGACUUCUCAGGACCUCCGCCAGGUCUUGGUAUUAAGCAGAAGGGAAAUGAGCAUCUUACUCCACCACCAGGUUUAGUGGCUACUAAUACUACUACUAGCUCUACUAACACUAACACUGACAGUAACAACAACAAGAAGAAGACAAUGAAGAGAUGA